UGUUUCAACAAGUCAUGUGAUUCUUGCUUCCUGGUGGCGUAUGGAGUUCUGUCACACUGUAGUUAGCCGUCCAGCUUGCUAGCUGACUUAGCUCUCUUCGCUGUGCAAACGUCGACCAAAGCAGAUAGAAAGAUACUUCAUAAAACUUUGUAGCUACUUCAAGUAACUCACGAUGGCGAGUCUUUCUUUUGUAAUACCCAUGGUAGUCGUGACAGUGUUCUGGGGCAUUAUUGGUGGGGUUGUGCCGUGGUUGAUCCCCAAAGGACCAAACAGGGGGGUCAUUAUUACCAUGCUGGUGCUAACGGCAGUUUGCUGCUAUCUGUUCUGGCUGGUCGCUUUCCUGGCUCAGCUGAACCCGCUGUUCGGACCGUCCUUGAAAACCGACAUCAUCUGGUACCUGCAGUACCACUGGCCCUAGGCUCAGCUGCCCCCCCCCCCCCCGGCGGGUGAAACAAGAGGCUUGGCUGUCUUCAGAAUCCCUUCCAUAGAAACGGAACAUUCCUUUUAAACCCCGCGCCUUGGCCGGGGAGCUGUGUGAUCCCCUCUGUUCAGGAGAGAAGCACAAUGCCUCCAGUAGCAAUUUGCUCAACUUAAAUCCAAAAAGGAUUUGGGAAGAAUUCCACUUGAGAUGUACAAGAUUAGCUCAUGUAAAUUCUGCCCGUCUCUGGGCCUGUUUGCUGUGUGACUCUGUCUCUUCUCAGUUGACUGGCACGCUUAAAAAAAAAAAAAGAAAAGCGAAAACAUUUUAAUAAACUUUUACCAUGAGUGCACACCGCUCAAACAGACCGACCGGACGAAGUUUAAAUAUUUAUUUCAGUUAAGACGUGUUCCUUAUUUUCACCGUGUCCUUACGGUUGUGUCUGUGUGAUGAAUUUGUAUUUCUGCAAAAGCCAAGAUUAAACGAUUGUUAAAGGAGAA